AGACUUCCUACCUUAGCGCAGCGGGAACCCUGCCACGCCGCUUUGCCGGCCGCAAAUUGCCCUUCAAUCUUUCUUAAAACGCCACGAUCCCUCGGCGCACCUCCAGCCCCAUCCAUUCGACGCACACCUGCGCUGCCCUGAGAUUUUACUUCCGGUUGCUACACCGGAUCAUCCUUCGUGGCUUUAGCUUUCCCAAGGGCCGCAAGACUGCGUGGCUUUGACAGCUCCAACGACUGAAGCUCUGGAGAAAGCAUGUCGUUAAAACAGGAAAUCGAGACAUGGGUCGAAGCCCUCAAAUACUACGACAACAAUGAAUUCGACGAGGCCCUCAAGACCUUUGACCGGAUCGCGGACACUUCCAAGAUCCUCUUCAACAUGGGCGUCAUUAAUGCCACCCUCGGCCAGCAUGAGCAAGCGGUUGAGUGCUAUCAACGCGCCAUUAAGCUCGAUCAAUACCUCGCCGUUGCCUAUUUCCAACAAGGAGUCUCCAACUUCCUGCUUGGUGACUUUGAGGAAGCUCUUGCCAAUUUCAAUGACACACUCCUCUACCUUCGCGGCAACACGUUGAUUGACUACUCGCAAUUGGGCUUGCUGUUCAAGCUAUACUCGUGCGAGGUCUUGUUCAACCGAGGUCUUUGCUACAUCUACCUGGAGCAGAUGGAGGCUGGGAUGCAGGAUUUGCAAUAUGCCGUCAAGGAGAAGGUGGUGGAGGACCACAACGUGAUCGACGAUGCGAUCCGGGACGAAGCUAAGGGUUACACUGUGUUCUCGAUCCCCGUCGGCGUCGUUUACAGGCCAAACGAAGCCAAGGUGCGAAACUUGCAACAAAAGGAUUACCUUGGAAAGGCACGGCUGGUGGCCGCAUCGGACCGCAGCAAUGCAUUCACGGGCUUUGCUGGCGCCGAACUGAGCAAGGCGGUUUCCGCUGAACCCAAAGACGAUAGGCCAGCCGAGUCUAUCUCGUUUGCCGCCAGCAAUCUUGUCAAACCUGGCCUUCAGAGCAGGAGACAGCAAUCCGAGCCACCGAAUAAUCGCAACGUCUUCCCUCCUACGCCCCCUCCCGAGAGUGACAAGGCUGCAUCCGUGAGCAGGGCACAGUCGGUCCGGAAUGGACCCAAGCCUGUCCCUAGCAGGCUUAACCUCGAGAAGAUCCGGUCGAACGAGCGUUACGAGAAGGCUUCUCCCGACGAAGGACGGCCACGGCCGACGCGCUCUGCGUCAGCUGCCCCCUCACGCGGCUUUACUCAGCGCGAGCCGCCGCCGAGAAGGAGGAGGGACGACGACGAAGAUGCUUAUCCAGAUGACGUCUACGACAUGUACAGCGGUGCCGGGUCUCGGAGUAGCAGGUCGCAGAGGAGCGCCGGUGGGCGUACACGGGACCGGUAUAUCGAGGAAGAGGACGAAGAUGGCUCCGAUUACGACGACGCCUCCUUUGAUGAGGGCGAAUUUGAGAUGGUGUCGAACAAUCGCCGGGCCGGCCCGGGGUCCGUCAUGUCCGGAGGGUCGAGGAGGGGCUCAUCAAGACGAGAUGUGCUUCGCACUGUCCGUGUCAAAGUUCACGCCGACGACGUGCGCUACGUCGUAGUCGGGCCCGCAAUCGAGUUCCCGGACCUCGUCGACCGCAUCCGGGACAAAUUCGGUCUUCGCCGGAAGUUCAAGAUCAAAAUCAGGGAUGAUGACUCACCCCAGGAUAUGAUCACCAUUGGUGACCAGGAUGAUUUGGACAUGGUAAUGCAGACGGUCAGGCAAAACGCGAGGAAGCAAAGGACUGAUACGGGAAAGAUGGAGGUCUGGGUCCAAGAGAUCUAAGCGAUGCCGCUAGGCGGGACAACGCAUACGGAUUACACUUUUUAGUAUACCCCACGCCCGACGACCUAACGUCUGGCUUUUGGUCACGAAGUAAUGAAGGACGCCCACACGAGCAACAGCUUACACGCUUUCAUCGUAUAUUAUCGCGACAUCCCUGCCAUUCUGCCAUCAUGACGGUGGCAUGACGUUGUAUCAGCUGGAAGAUUGUCAGCUCGCUGAGGCACAUUACCCAGCUGUCUUUCUGCAUAUGGAAUUGAUUGCAUACUCCUCGAAGGGCGACGGGGUACUGGCGCUAUUACCUACUUCUUCUUCGCUUAAUUGAC